GUUCUGCAUCACGUGUCAGCAGCUGUCGCAGUCUACGCGGGUCGGACUCGUAUGGGCAAACAAGCAGUCGUGGCACAGUGCUUGGAGGUGAGUGGUCGUCUGGCUCUUCGAAACGACUUGAAGAAAACGACGGAGGUUCUCUACAACAGGAAUUCGAACCAAGAUGGGCGCAGUGGGCCAGAUCCUGAUUUUGUCUCUGAUGGGCGUGCAGCUGGCAUGGGCGCUGGUCAAGACGCCUUCCCUUGGCCGAAGCAACACCAUUGACCCCGUGGACAUGUGUCGGGAAAUCAAAUUCGUGGACGCAUCUCGCCGCUCGGCCACGCGGGAGUCGGUGCUUCGAGACCUGUGCGAAGCGGGAGUCACUCACGUCGAACUCGAUGACAAAAUGAAGCAGUUCGCGAUCUUCAACCUGCACAGGGACAACUUCGAGGACGCGGCCAAGUGGCACUCCGGGGAUGCCAAGAACGUAAUAGACGACCCCUACUGGACCAUCAACGACGUGGAACAACUGAAGGACACGAAAUACCACUGGUACACCCACGGCCUCCCGAUGUGGCCCCUCCCCCACCAGGCCAUCUCCAACACCACGGCCAAGUCCAUCCUGCCGAAGAAGAAGCCGGCGGACUGGCCCAACUACGGCUUGGCGACGCCCGUGUACUUCGCUGCCAAGGCGUGGAGGAACCAGGCGUGGAGUGCGGAGGAGUUCUUCCAGCAGCAGCCGAAGAACUCCCCCUUCAAGAGCCACAAGGACUUCCACAAGCUGGCCAAGGAGGUCGUCGAGAAGGUGAACGGCCAGCAGGUGGAGAGCUACAGUGACUGGCCUUUCCUUCGCUACUCUCUGCUUCCUAUGGUGAAGAGUAUGAUGCUCCGCCAACAAGGGGCCUGUGUCCCGACGAGCUCUACGUCUACACCCGCGUCACGCCCUGCCACCCGACGGAGGCUCGUCAGCUGACUUGCGUCCAGGCCGCCUCGAGGCCCGAACAUCCUGACGCAG